CGUAAGCAUUCCCCACCUUCUCGUACGUGCUUCUUUUCUUCGCACAAGCAGGCCAGGCGGGUACCCAAAGUACCUACACAUGUACCCUUGAUGUAUCCAUCCAUGUACAAGGUCCAUGUACACGUACAUGUCACAGACGCUUUCCCCCCACUCCUUGCAUUCACGGCACUAGAACCCAACCAAAAGAGCAUACCUGCAUCCAAUUCAUAUAUUACAUACAUACGCAUCAACACUUAUACACGUCCCACAGAAAGCAUGCAACAUCUAACCAAAAAUAAAAACUACCGACUAGCCUCGCGGUUUUUACUGCAUGCGUACACUCGCAACCUUCUACUGGCAAAUCUGAUAACAUGGGAUUACGAAAAGGGAAAAAAGAACUUCAAGAAGAAGAAGAAAGGAAGACCAGCUAACUAACCCCUCUCCCUCCCCCUCCAAAAAGCAAAAAACAACGGCAACGACAACAACCCCCUCCCCCACUGUGCAACCACACUUUUGUGAUACUCUCCCUCUCUGUGCAACCACCAGCUCCACCGAGGCAAACAUUUGAAGCGAGAAACCCGCUCUCCCCCCCUUCCCCCCUAUUUGGGUAAGCAAAGUAGGGCCUUUGCCGCUCUGGCCGCGACCACGUCGGUAGAAGUAUAGGUACAUAGUUCCUUUGUCCCUCCUUCUAGCCGAGUCUUUGUUUCUUUUACUCUCCAUCCCCCAUGUGUACUCGCUACACAACGGUGCUACCAUGGUGAGGGAGCUCGAACCC